GUGAGCACCUCCUCUCCACGGAAAGCCCCAUCAGCGGCGGUGACGUGACCCUCGACCCCGUGUCUCCCCUGUCGCCCCCCUCCUUCACUCUCAACGAGUCGGUGCCGGACUUCAACCUUGAGUUCAACCUCGAUGAAGCGCUCAAGCUCGUAGGGCUUAAUUCCUCGGAGACAGGAGAAGCAGUCUGGAAAUCUGUGGAGACAGAUAGCAGUUCUGAGGACUUCGCCAAAGGAUUCUCGGAGGAGGAGAAGGCCAGCGACGGAGGCGACUCCCUGGACGCGUUGAGCGACACUCUGGACGAAAUGAUCCAGGCUUCGCAGCUCAACCCGCACCACCCGCGAUCGUUACAGGUCUGUAGCGCUUUUAUCGGCUUUCGUCUGUCUUUCCUGUCCGUCUCUGCCCGGCUGCCUCUCUCCACGACCUUCGGGUGUGUCUUGGUUCGUGGCGUCGUUCUUGCCUCUUCCUCGGUUCUCUUUGUCAGACUUCUCUUUAUUUUCUGCUUAUUUAUUGCUGCCCAACAGGUGUUGAAGGAGACCUCUGCGUAUCAGGGAGAGAAAUAUCGAUUUCCAGAGUCGUUUGGUGACGCAGAACGCUCCCAUUACGCUCAUAAAGUGUCAUUACGUUCGUAUGACGCUAACAGCCGUGACAGUGCAGCAUUUGUGUGUUUUAAUGCCCAGGGGGAAACGAAUCAAACACGGGGGAGUGAAAUGUAUUCCCCCAAAGAAUUGUGCGAGGCGAACACAUCGAAUAGGGCGAAGGAACGUGUGAAGGGCUCGGGUCAGAAGGGCGUGGCGAUCCCAUGUGUGUUCUUUUCCUGUGACGCCGACGACGACGCUUGCUGUCCGGGCCUUCGGUGCGCAUCCUUGUCGCUCUCUCAAGGCGCUGCUGCCCUGCUCUUAUCUCUUAUCUUAUCUCUUCCUAGAGGCUGA